AUGCGUCACCUGUCAUUGACCUCCUUUCUCUGUCUAAUGAUGGUGGAGAGGAGAACAUGCCAUGGCGAUUCAGUUACUAAUUUUGACACCGAGUUCGGCACCAGCGUCUACCGAGCGCUCGCCAAGAAAGAUAACAGCUCCAACUUGAUUGUGUCUCCAGCAAGCAUCUCUCUGGGUCUGAGAGUGUUGCAGCUCGGUGCAAGGGGCAACACAUUGGCGCAGCUUGAAAGAACCGUAGGAUUCGACACCAACGACUCUAGUAUCCUGGAGACUGGAUCUCAGAGCAGAUGUGACCUGUACAAUUCUGCCCAGGGUGCUCGUCUCCAGUUUACUAACACCCUGCUCAUCCAGAGCGGCGUCCACCUUCGGCCAGAAUUUACCCAGGAUGCUAUGCAGUGGUGCAACAGCAGCCUGAUUAGUGUAAACUUCAGCCUUCCCAAUUACACACAAGGUCAAUUCCAAGAACCAACAAGCAGCGGUGAGGAGACAGACGCAAUAACAGAGGGCUCAUGGUGGGUCACGGUGCCUUAUAUGGCAUUGCUGAGCUCAGUGGACUUCCAGGGCAUCUGGCAGAAACAGUUUCUGUUCAGAGGGACACAAAACCGGCCUUUCUCUUUGGCUAAUGGCAGCACCAUCAACGUCCCCAUGAUGUACCAGUCGACCAAAGUCAUGUUCGGUCAGUUUCAUUUGCCAUCAGAUCAUCGCUACGCCGUCCUCGAGCUGCCCUACUUUGGCAAAUCCCUAAGCCUUUUGCUGGUAAUACCGAGUGACAGAAAGACCCCACUCUCACUGUUUCAAACACAACUCACCGGCCGCACUGUGGCAUUCUGGGAUACAGGACUGCGUCUCACCAAAAUGGACGUCUUCCUUCCCAGGUUUAAACUGCAGUCUCGGCUCAACCUGAAGCCCGUCCUCCAGUCACUCGGUAUUUCAGACGCGUUCGAUCCCUUCGUUGCUGACUUCAGAGGUAUAUCAGAUACAGAGGGUUUCUAUGUGUCAGAGGCCAUCCAUCAAGCCAUGAUAGACGUGACGGAGGAUGGAACUGCAGCAGCAGCAGCCACAGCCAUGGUGCUGUUGAAAAGAUCCAGAGCCCCCGUGUUGAAGGCGGACCGCCCGUUCCUCUUCAUCCUACGCCGUGUAAAUAGAGGUUCAAUGCUAUUUAUAGGCAGAGUGAUGAAUCCAGUGGAGUAGAAAACAACUUCACAG